AUGGUGUGCUUACACCGGUCACUCUGGUUUCUUGCCGCUCACCUCCCAAACCUUAUUGGUGUCGUCGAGGGUAGCGAUGACAACGUUGAAAAAGUCGACCUGAACAGCCUACAGUCAUUUGGUUACCGACCCCGAGUAUUCAUGCUAUCAGAUAUUCUGAAUGAACCAGAUGAUUCCAUGUCACUUGUGCGGUAUCUUCUUUACGCUAAUGAGUUUGACACCCGUGGUAUCUGCGCCACCACCUCAUGGUGGUUGCGGAAUGAGACACACCCGGAGGAGAUGAGAAGGAUAAUCACAGCCUAUGGAGAAGUUGUCGACAACUUAAACAAUCAUGUCAACCCAAACGCUUCCUACCAAAGUGCGGACUACCUGCUCUCACUUGUUACGUCAGGACCCUCGACGUAUGGUCGUGCCGCACUCAAUGAGACUCUAAGCGAAGGCGCUGGACGCAUCAUUGAGGCGCUUGAAGAAUCCGAUGAACCCUUAUUUAUUACCGGUUGGGGCGGAACCAACACACUAGCUCAAGCAUUGCUCCACAUGGAUAACAAUAUGCCUGCGCCUAAAGCCGCCGCGCUGAGAUCAAAGAUCCGACUGUAUACUAUUUCCGACCAAGACAACACCGGGCCCUGGAUCCGUACACGGUAUCCUGAUGUGUUCUACGUGGUAUCAAUUCACGCUUUCAAUAACUACAAGGCGGCAACUUGGACAGGUAUCGGUCUGCGUGGAUGCCCAUGCGUGGACUCUGAUAUCGUGUGGAAUCCUUGGCUGGACGCCAAUAUCCGACUUGGUCCUUUUGGAGCUCUCUAUCCGCAAGUUGUCUACACUAUGGAGGGAGAUACUCCAAGUUUCCUCUGGCUAGUACAGAACGGUCUCGUCUACCGAGACCGCAUCGACUGGGGUACUUGGGGUGGAAGAUACUCUCACCCAGUGGCACCAAGCGACUGGACUGCCGGCAUAGACUCAAAUCAUUUCGUUAAUACCAUUGAGACCGUUAUUGGGGCUGAUGGAGUCACCUACUCCACUCAUCAGGCAUCGAUCUGGCGUUGGCGAGCGGCUUACCAGGAGGACUUCGCAACUCGAAUGCAGUGGACGCUAACGCCAAACUUCACCGCCGCUGGCCAUCCUCCAAUACUCAACGUCAACAAGCACCAAGGACCAGAGCCUCUGUUUAUCAAGAUCAACGCCAAUGAAUCUUUCACUCUUGACGCCAGUUUAACAUACGAUCCCGAUCAUCCGACGGACAAUAGUAAGCUUGAGUUCCAAUGGGCACUAUACCCAGAACCGACGUCAUUCCUAAACGACUAUUUGAAUGUACAGAUUGAGGCUGUCUCACCCUCAUCUGGGGCACCGCUUGUCUUGCAAGUCAAUGACGCUGGCUUCUCCAACGUUACCUUGGGAAGAAGUGUCAAGGUUAUCCCCCCUAUAUCGAUUCGAAAUCCAAAUACAGGGCUUUCCACUACGGAUUUUCACAUACUUCUCCAAGUUACCAACAGAGCUGGUCCAUAUCCUAUCAGAAGGUACAUGAGAAUCGUUUUGACAUAUCAUGGACACGUUCCUGCUACUCUAUUCACAUAA